GACAUUGCAAUCAUUACUAUUUAGUGCUAUUACAUAGUAAUAAUAAAAUGGCGGCGAUAAUAAUUCAAGGUUACAAAUAUAAUUUUUGAAGAAACAUAAAAUAUUACAAAGGAAUUAUAUAAAAUUAAAAGAAAAUAUGUUUUUUCUUUUAUAAAAAAAACUAAGAAAAUUAAUUAACUAAAUAUCUAUUAAGAAAGACUGAAAUGGCUCAUAUAGAAAUUACGCAUAAACCAAGCCUUUUGAAAGAGGCUAUUAUUCAAAUUGGUGCAGGAGGUUCUGCAGGUUUUGUGGAAGCUUGUAUAAUGCAUCCUAUGGAUCUUAUUAAAACACGUUUUCAACUGCAAAUUAAGACAGAAUCGCAAGAUGUGCUUUAUUAUACAGGAAUUAGAGAUUGUAUGAAAAAAAUGUAUAAAAAUGAAGGAGUUGCUGCAUUUUGGAAAGGUAUAUUACCACCAAUUAUCAUGGAAACUCCUAAAAGAGCUGUAAAAUUUUUCUCCUUUGAACAGUAUAAGAAAUUCUUUAAUAAUCACACAUCAAAAACAAUGACAUUUUUUUGUGCUGGAUUCUUAACUGGUGUAACAGAAGCAAUUUUAAUAAAUCCAUUUGAAGUAAUUAAGGUGCAAAUGCAAUCUAAUCGUAAACACAUUAGUGAUAGUCCAUCAACUAUUGCUGUAACUCGACAUAUUCUUUGCAAACAAGGUUUUGGACUAAAUGGUCUUAAUAAAGGUUUAUCUGCUACAAUAAUGAGAAAUGCGAUUUUUAAUUCUUUCUAUUUUGGUAUCUAUAAUUCCAUCAUUCCUUGGUUAAAUAACAAAACCGAGUAUACUUCAGAAUUAUUUCUUAAGUUUACUGUAGGUUUUAUAUCUGGAACAGUGGCAUCCUGUAUGAAUAUACCAUUUGAUGUUGCUAAAAGUCGUAUCCAAGGUCCACAGGAAAAAAUUCAAUAUAAGGGUACUUUGCAAACUAUUUAUUUAGUUUAUCAUAGAGAAGGAUUUAGAGCUUUGUAUAAAGGAUUGUUACCAAAAAUCUUACGAUUAGGACCAGGUGGUGCAAUUAUGCUUAUAGUUUAUGAAAAAAUGAAAAUAUAUUUAAAUAUGGAGUUUGGCAACUAAGUAAAAUUCUAGAUUAGUACAAUCUGAA